CUGAUGUAUGUCCAUAUGUAGGCUGAAAGAAAGAAUUAGUGCGAAGGAGAGAAAGUGAGAGGAUUAGAGAAGGAAUGAGACACACAGACAGACAGACAUCAAAAACAGGGAAAUAUUAAUAAAUAGUAAAAGUGAAGUUGCAGAGAGCUCUGGUCAAAGCAAAAAAAAAAAAAGAAAAUAAAAGAAGAAAGAAAAAAACCCUUCCAUCAUUUCACUGGAAUUUCAAACUUUAGUUUUUGCUUCAUUCACAAGAAACAGAAGAAAUCCUGAAGGGAAGACAAAUGAAAUAAAAACAGGAAAAAAAAAAACAGAGAAAAAAAACUAUAAUAAGAACCAAAAACAAAAAAAAAAGGACAACUUUGAACCAACAUGGAUCUUCGUUACUGGACGAACACCAACAAUACCUGGAUAACUCCUGAUGAUAUUUUUGCUCAUAGUGCUAAAGUUAUUCCGGUUAUUGUUAUAACUGUUAUCUCAAUAUUUCUUGGUACAUUUGGAAACAUUUUCACCAUUCUGGCCAUCAUUUUCACAAAGAAGCUGAGAACAACGGAGAACAUAUUUUUGGUAAACCUGGCCCUUGCUGAUUUAUUUGUUUCGAGUUUUGUGAAUAUAUUUAGCCUUGUAGGAGCCGUAGCGGGUGAAGUGUAUUUCAAGGACAAGAGAGUCCUUUGUGUGUUCAUUGGCUUUUUCUGUUUGGUCUGCUGCCUGGUUUCUCUCUUCAAUAUCACAGCCGUGGCCUUCAAUCGCUUCAUCUUCAUAUGUCACCAUAACUACUACCGCGGAAUGUUCACUCCGACGAAAAGCUUGAUAAUAGCGAUUUCUCUGUGGGUGUUUGCAGCCAUUCUGGAAUGUGUAAAUUUCAUGCCAUGGGGAAACCACGCUUACGACAAGAAGACGCUCACCUGCGUCUGGGAUCGAACCGCUAGCCUUGGCAAUACCAUCUUCAUCACCAUUCUCGGUAUUUCAUUACCAGUGAUGAUCACAACGAUGAGCUACGUUAUGAUAUUCUACCACUUCUACCAAGCGAAGGAAAGGCUCAAUAAGAACCGGAACCAAUCGGACAAGAAAAAUACUCUGCAAGAAUCCAAAAAACUAAUGACGACACUUUUCUCGCUGUUCGUUGUGUUUGCUAUAUGUUGGCUGCCCUAUGCUUUCAUUGCCCUGACCGACGUCUACGACACUUUUGACCCUCUCGUGCAUAUCUAUUCAGUAACAUUUGCACACAUGAAUUCCUGUCUCAAUCCAGUGGUCUACGUUACCAACAACGAGCAUUUCCGGAAGGCUUUCAAGAAAAUCGUCUUGUUUCAGUGCAGAUAUGAGCAACGAAAGGUGGCCAACUGUUCUAUACAAGAGACUCAACUGUACUCCAUCACUAAAAAUGGAUGAAAUUACAACUGUAGCCGUACUACCACCACCAUCACCACAACCACACCACCUACUACUACUACUACUACUACUACUACUACUACUACUACUACUACUACUACUACUGUAAUCAUCAUUAGUGUUUCUACUGCUUAAACCACCCCCGUCUUUGUCACUGCCACUAUCACAAACAUUGCCACUACUACGGGAUCAUUAUCUCCUCAUAAUCAUUACCCAUUA